AUGGGUAAGAGAGCUCGUUUACCCUCUCAGAAAGCUCUAAUGGUGAAGGAAGCACAGAUUAUGCAAGGCGCAGCUCAGCGAGGGAAGUUGCAAGCACACAAAAAGGGGAAAGAAGCAGAAAUGAUACCACAAAUGGUGGAUUCAAGCAUCAAAUCAGCAGUAUUGGAGCAAUUCAAUGGAACAGUGCACGCAAAUAAAGUAACUGAUAAAAUGCAGCAGAGAGAGGCAACAGCUAUUUGGAGUGAAGUAGUGACGAGAUCAGCUAGUAUGCUAUUGGAGGCAUCAUCAAGUGCCAGUUACAAAUUGGAGUAUGUAUCUCCAUCACAGGUUGGAUAUAAGAAGAUAGUAGAAAUUGGAAUGGAGGACAUCAAAUCUGAGGUGGAAUUCUGGAGUACAGCAGUGAUUUGUUAUGUUUUGGGGACACACCCACCAUUCCAGGUAAUUCAGCGUUAUAUUCAAAGGCUUUGGGGUAAAUAUGAUAUAGAUCGAGUAGCUAUGUUGAAGAAUGGAGUUAUUGUAGUACGAUUUGAAACUGUGAUAGGGAAGCAAGAGGUAUUACAAGGAGGUAUCUACCACUUUGACAACAAGCCAUUUAUUGUCAAGGAGUGGUCUCCGGAAUUGGAAUUUACCAAGGAGGAGUUGGAAACUUUACCAAUCUGGAUCAAAUUUCCGGAGCUUGAUUUUAAAUAUUGGAGUACACCAGUACUAAGUAAACUUGGAAGUAUGAUUGGGAAGCCUCUUAUGGUGGAUCACAAUACUGAGGAAAGGAAUGGAUUAAAGUUUGCUCAACUGCUUGUGGAAGUAGAAUUGGGAGCUCAUCUACCUGAUGAAGUGCAAUUUAAAAAUGAAAAAGGAAAGGUCGUGGUGCAAGAUAGGUAUGGCCAUGAAGAGAAUGAAUGCAGAAUUAAGAAAAAAGUUCCCAAACCAUUUAAUGCUGCAGAUGUAGUUACGAAAGGACCUGCUCAGCAGGAUCCUCCACAUGAAGUGGGAAAUGAUAAUCAGGAUAGGGUGUUGAUGAAUCAAAUGACUAAGAAGAACCUUCAGCAGGGAAGGGAGGUGGCAAGUACUAGCAUGGAUGGCUGGCAGACUCCAAGAAAGCUAAGUAAAACUCCAUACAGUGCAGCCGUUGGACAGGUUCGUCAGGCAACGAGUGUUAAUUCAUUUCAGGUACUACAACAUAGUACAGAAUUACAUGUAACUACAGGAGAUGCAAGGACUGAGGGUGGCUCUAUAAAUCCUAGUCCUGGGAAUGGCUUACUUGAAACAAAAAUAAAAAAGGAGAAGAUUGAUACUGUGACUGAUAACAUGUUUGCUGGUUGGAGCUACGUAACUAACUUGGAAGAGCACUAUAAUGGUAGGAUAUGGAUCACAUGGAGGCCUGAUUACUACAAGGUCUCAACCAUUUUCCCAACUGCUCAACAAAUCACUUGUGAGGUGAUGUUCAUUCCCUUGCAACUACUUUUUGAUAUUACAUUCGUAUAUGCCUUCAAUACUAAGGAGGAAAGACAUGAGUUAUGGGAAAGUCUAGCGAGACAUAGUAAAAAUUGCACAAAACCAUGGAUGGUACUUGGUGAUUUUAACUCCAUUUUAAAAGCAGAGGAUAGAAUUGGUGGAGCUCCUGCGGUAUGGUCUGAAAUAGUUGAUUUUAAAAGUUGUGUGCAUGAUUGUGGGCUGCUGGAAUUUCCAACACCAGGUAAUAAAUAUACAUGGAGUGACAAACAUUCUCGCCAAAGAAUAUUUUCCAGAAUUUAUCGGAUAUUCAUUAAUGGAGUCUGGUUGAAUACAAUGCUACCUUGUCAAGCAAUGUUCCUAAAUGAGGGUAUAAGUGAUCACUGUCCUGCUAAGGUGAUGUUGAUGGAUAAUCCUAAGUUCAAGAGUCCAUUCCAGUUCUGUAAUGUAUGGACCAAACAUCCUGACUUCAUUCCGUUGUUGAAGGAGGGAUGGGAGGUGGAUAUUGAAGGUUGCAUGAUGUUUAAAGUAGUGAAGAGGUUGAAAUUGUUAAAGAGGGGCUUGAGGAAGCUACAUGUUCUGGCUUUCCAAAAUAUAGUCACUGAAGCACAAGAGGACAGGAAUAAUUUGAAAAUUAUACAGGAAGAACUGUAUCUUAGCCCAGGUGAUACACAUCUGCAGGAAAGAGAGAGACAAGCAUAUCAAAAAUUUAGGAAUUCUUCAUAUAUGGCUGAGGUGUUCUUACAACAAAGAAGCAAGGCAACUUGGAUAAGACUGGGUGAUGAUAAUUCUAGAUAUUUCUUUUCUGUUAUCAAACAUCGGAAACUGAAACAAGCCAUUACUCAACUAAAAGAUCAGGUAAAGGAAGCCAUUUUCCGGAUAAACAGUGUCAAGAGUCCGGGACCGGAUGGAUAUGGUAGUGAACUCUACAAAGCUGCAUGGUCAAUUGUUGGGAAUGAUGUAACCAAGGCAGUACUGGAGUUCUUUCAUAAUGGUAAACUUUUAACUCAAAUUAACUCUACAAGUAUUGCACUUGUUCCUAAAGUGGAUAGGCCGGAAACUGCUAGCCAAUUCCGGCCUAUAUCUUGUUGCAAUGUGAUCUACAAGUGCAUCUCAAAGAUUAUAUGUAAAAGGUUAAGGCAUGCAGUAAACUAUUUAGUAUCAGGGAACCAGUCAGCCUUUGUUAAGGAACGAUCAAUGAUGCAUAAUGUGUUAAUCUGUCAUGACUUACUAAGACACUACAAUAGGAAGAAUGCUUCACCUAGGUGUCUUAUGAAGAUAGACCUUAAGAAAGCCUAUGACAUGAUACACUGGGAUUUCUUGGAAGAAGUACUUCAAGGUUUCAGAUUUCCACAACAGUUUACUAAAUGGAUUAUGACAUCUGUGUCAGCCACUAAGUUCUCAGUGAAAGUUAAUGGUGCAAAUCAUGGCUACUUCUCAGGGAGGGGACUUAGGCAAGACGAUCCAAUGUCUCCCCUCUUAUUUGUCCUAGUGAUGGAAUACCUAUCGAGAACACUGCAAACUAUGAGCAUGCUACCUGAUUUGAGAUUCCAUCCAAUGUGUAAGGAGUUAAGACUAACUCACUUGAUCUUUGCUGAUGAUUUGAUGAUAUUCUGUAAGGGGAAUGUGGAUUCUGUGAGUAGAAUAAUGGAGGCUUUACAACACUUUAGUGCAGCUACAGGUUUGGAAGCUAAUAUUGACAAAUCAAGUGUUUUUCUGGCUGGAUUAAAUGAGGCAAUAAAGAAUCAGAUAUUGGCAAGAACUGGAUUUGUAGAAGGUGUAUUUCCUAUCAGAUAUCUUGGUCUCCCGCUUUCUCCAAAAAAAUGGAACAAGGUUAACAAGGUUGACCGCCAUACACUUGUGGACAAGAUUACACAGAGAAUCAAUGUGACUUACUCAAAAAUUUGUCUUAUGCUGGGAGCGGUUUUUGUCCUUCCUCAAAGUGUACUUAAAGAAGUAGGUAAAAGGUGUAGAGAUUAUUUGUGGGGAAACAAGGAUGAAGGGAGGAAGGUGGCUUUGGUAUCAUGGGAAAAAGUAUGUUAUCCUAAGAGGCAGGGUGGACUGAAUAUAGAAGGCUGUAGAUCAUGGAAUGUAGCAUCAGUAGGCCAACUGAUUUGGCAAAUUUCAAUGCACAAGGAGACACUCUGGGUAAGGUGGAUACACGGGUUGUACCUCAAGAAUGGUGCAAGUAUCUGGGUGCACAAAGCUCCUCCUGACAGCAGCUGGUAUUGGAGGAAACUAAAUGCUAUAAAGACGCAGAUGCAGAGUUGGUAUGUGCAAGGUAGAUACAAAUUAACAAAGGAUGGAGCCUACUCAAUAACAAGGAGUUAUAUGGAAAUAAUAGGGCAAAGAGUUAAAAUGAGAGUUGCAGAACUGAUAUGGACAUCUGCUGCUUUACCAAAACAUAGGUUCAUAGUAUGGUUGGUAGUACAAGGCAGAUUACUCACUCAGGAAAGGAAGAUACGGCUAAACAUACCAGUGGAUAUCGCUAACACUGAUUGUUGUCUUUGUGAUGCCCAUGAGAUAGAGACGAAGACUCAUUUGUUUGUAGAAUUUUCCUGGAUACGGAAGCACUGGAAGAAAUUCCUGAAAGAGGCGGUUGCAGCUUUACAUGGUGCCAUAAUCUACCAUACAUGGAGGGCCCGGAACUGGAAGAGAUACAAAGGCAAAGCUGUAAAUAUAGAUGAAUUAAUUACAAUGAUUAAGAAGGAGCUCAUAGAGAGGAUUAAUUUGUACAGUAAUUCAAAGAAAGCUCAGAGAUGUAGGAAUUGGAUUCAACACUUAGUUAGCUAA